UUUCACUGCCCGGUCCGAUUUUUUUUUAAUUUGAGCAGACUGCCACAACACGGAAGGAGAGAAGGGCAUGCGCGUAGUUGGAGCAAUCAACAACUACACCGCGGCGCUCAAGGACUCAUCAAGUCCAUAUGAUCCGACCGAGAGCUUGAUGUUCCUGGCACACUUUGUCGGCGACGUCCACCAGCCGCUCCACUGCGGCCACGCCGACGAUCUCGGCGGCAACACCAUCAUCGUCCACUGGUACAGAAGGAAGAGCAACCUUCACCAUGUGUGGGAUGUGAACGUGAUUGAGACAGCCAUGAAGGAUUUCUACGACAACGAUCUAAGCACCAUGAUACAGGCCAUCCAGCAGAACAUCACAGAGGAGUGGGCUAACGAAGAGAAACAGUGGGAGACGUGCCGUAGCCGGACAAAGACUUGUGCUGACAAGUACGCUGAAGAGAGCGCAAAGCUGGCUUGCAAGGCGUACGAGGGUGUUGAGCAGGACUCCACCUUAGAAGAUGACUAUUUCUUCGCUGCGCUGCCGGUGGUUCAGAAGAGGAUCGCCCAAAGGGGUGUGAGGCUUGCUGCAAUACUCAACAAGAUAUUCAGUGGGAACAGCAAGAUACAGAGCAGCUGAUCAGGUAGAAAUUGAACAAAAGAAAGUGGGGAGGAACUGAUCUGCAUUCUGAAUUAGAAUAAGAUUAUUAUCUUGUCUGACAAUGUAACUUUAGUGAUCAUUCAGAUCACGAUCAUGAGUUCAUGACCAGAUGUAUUUUCUAUUGUCAGAGUAGCUCAUGAUUUGUAACAGAAUUGAUGAAGCACUCGUCGUAAUGCGCAAAUGUGCAGUAGAUGGCGUAUUCACCUGUGUA